AUGGGGCAAGGAAAAAGAAGAAUUCGAGUAUUCAGACGACAAGUGGGAUGGCAGAAAUCUAUAAACAAAGCAGUCAAAGCUUUUAAAAAAUGUGCCAAACUUUUUUGCAGGAGGCAAAGGGAGGAGCUCGAAAAGGAUCCAUCCAAAGGAGAGUUGCCUCCUACAAUCUUGAAUAUCAUUCGUGACUGGGCAAGAAAACAGUCUAGCAAGCUGUGUGUAUGCAUGCAAAGUCAAGAGAGAGAAGCGGAGAAAGAGAGUUUUGAAGAAGAUCAUCCGAUAGGAAAAUACACAUCUACAAUUCAGUUGGCACCACAGGCACCAGAUGUCACAAUAAGCCGUUCCGUAUGCAGCCAGCCUGUUGGACUAGUUCAAGAUGCAUGUUGUUCGAGACAUUGCAUUAGAAACAAUAUAAAGGAACAAGCAACAUCUUUGUGGUAUCAGCUAUCACCGUCGUUUUCAGACGAGGAUCUUAGUCGAGAACCAACUCCUCCACAUCCGUUUGAAAAAAUAUUGAGGGAACGAAAUAGUCUCGAUUACAUGGAAAGAAUGGACAUAGAAUAUGCUAAAAUUAGAUCAUUGGCCAAGCAAAGACCGAGUUUAUUUUCAGAUUGGAAUAGGCCGAAUCCAUUUUUCCGCCUGCCGGGAAACACACCACCUCCUUUUCCAUCGGACUGGAAUUUUAACAAAGAAUCAGAGGAUUGUGCUGAAUCUAAACAACUCACUCCUACCGUUUCUCCUGAGUUGGAAUAUGAAGUGGCCAACGAUGUUACAGAUGGAAUACCUGAGGUCAAAACUGCUGAUACUGAAAAAGAGAAAACAACAGACAUUCAGAUUGCAAUGGCAGUAGCUGAAAGAGUGAACUGGAUGCUUGAACAGGUUGAAAAUAACGUUGAAGAAAAUUCAUCUAACGAUUCCAAUAUUAAAGAUCAUGUGAAACUCAAUGAGACCGAUGUUCUUUCGACAUCAAGUUGCAAUUCUUUACAAGAGGAAGCUGCAGUUUCCAUUUUGAAAGUCAACGAGGAAUGCGAUGAUCGAGAACUUGAUAGUUUAUCAGUAUCGGUGGAUAUGAGCUCGGAAGACAAUGAAGAAAUCAACAUUCGAGAUCUUGAUUCAAGAGCAUCUUACGUUGUUGAUGGCGAACUUGCCGAUGUUACUUCUUUGAUUUCUACUGACGAAACAUGUGAACAAUGGGUUGAUGAAAUUCUAUUUGGCGAAUUGGAAGUCGUUGGUAGAGAGAUGAUAUCACGAGCGACAUACAUUAUUGAACAAGAUGCCUCCUACCUCGAGCCAAUUAUGGAUGAAAAAUCAGAAACUCCAAUCGAUGACAUGAUAAACGAAAUUUUGGAAAACACUAAAAGUUUGAUGGAAGAAGAGAAAUUUAAGGACGAGAAAAAUAAAUCAAAAACAAAGUCAUCUUCAAAGGAAGAUCCUGAGGACGUCGAUAAAUUUAUACAGGAUUUUCUUUUCGAACCAACACUGGUAUAAACGACUGGACAUCAAUAUGAGCAUCCUGUCGUCAACAUAUUCGGCAACAAACGACAGGAUGAUUCGGCAGCAAUUUUACCAAAUUGUUCAGAGCAAAUUGAUCAGCAAUAAUUUUAUGUAGGAUAAACCCAACGAGACAAUUUUAUCGUAACGGAUUCGUUUUUUUGUUUUGUUAUAUAUAUAUAUUUAGUACAGUUAGAAUUUAUCUCGUAGUUCAACGUAAUUUGGCCUCUCUAAUGUAAUAGUAUUUUGUAUGUAAGACUGCUCGAAGCAAGGUCGCGU